AUGCACAGAUGCAAAAAAGAAGGCAAACAUUUUCAUUCACAAGGGAAAAAUUGAACUGUACGCUACUCUCCAAAGCAAUUAGAGAAAAUGGAACUUUACAAUACUUCUCCAAAACAAUUAGAUACAUUCAUCAUGGAGUAUCUGCAACCAAAUGAGGCUUUCCUGUCUCAGGUGAAACAUGCUAUUAAUCUUAUUUGUAAUUUCUUGAAAGAAAACUGUUUCAAGAAUUCAGACUCCAAAAUCAAAGUGCUAAAAAUUGUUAAGGGUGGAUCGUCAGCAAAAGGCACAGCACUGAGAAAUGGAUCAGAUGCAGAUCUUGUUGUUUUUCUUAAUUGCUUCAACAGCUAUGAACAGCAGAAAGCAGAAAGACGUGAUGUUAUCAACGAAAUUAAAGACAUGUUAAAGAAGUGUGAUGAAACAAAUUCUUUUGAAGUAAGCAUUUAUGAAAACCGUUGGCCUAACCCACGUUCUAUCAGCUUUGAUUUACAAUCCAGACACCUACCAGAUUCAAUUGAAUUUGAUAUCCUACCAGCUUACGAUGCCUUAGGUAAAGUUGAAAGUCAUCUGACAUUUGAAAAACCUGACCCUAAAAUAUAUGUAAAACUGUUGGAGGAAUACCAAGAUCCUGGGGAAUACUCGGUCUGUUUCACUGAGUUGCAGCGGGACUUCAUCAGGGAACGCCCAACAAAAGUGAAGAGCCUGAUUCGACUGGUAAAGUACUGGUAUAAGAAGCAUAUUGAACCACAGAAAAAGAUGAAGCUUCAACCAGGGCAGCGUUUACCUCCUAAGUAUGCAUUAGAGCUUCUAGUGGUCUAUGUGUGGGAAAAUGGUAGUGGUGGUGCAACAGACUUCAAGAUGGCAGACGCAUUUUACUCAUUUUUGAAGAUGGUUUGCGAGUACAAAAUGAUAUGCAUCUAUUGGACCAAAUACUAUGACUUUCAGAAUGAGAUCCUGAAGAGGCAUCUUAGAUCACUGCUUGCUGGAGACAGACCAAUAAUUCUGGACCCAGCUGAUCCAACUGGAAAUGUGGCUGCUGGGAAUGGUUGGAAGCUUCUUGCUGAUGAGGCAAAGGUGUGCCUAGAAAAGAUUUAUGGUUUUAUGGAUACCGUCCAAUGGGAUGUGCCGCCCUUCAAAUCUAUUUUGCUGACUGUGAAAUUAGAGAAAGAGAACCUGUUCCAGUCUUCAGAAAGUCCUGCGAUUACUAUCAAACAAAUUAAAGAGAUUAUUUAUCAAUGUUCCCGCAUACCUGUUAGUCAACAAUGUCUCAUCAUUGAAGAUGACCCAGAAACAGGAGAGCUUAUGGAUUCAAAACAACUGUUGGACUAUGGGAUCUUCUGGGAUGCUUCAGUAUGUGUGGUAAAGCCGCAGCCUACUCACAUAUUGGUGAAAAAUCAUGUUGGAAGAACCACAACUUAUAAAGUCACUUUAAAGGAUACAGUUCUACAGCUGAAAACUAAAAUUGAAAAGCUUGAAAAGGUGCCUGUAGCCCAGCAGAAACUAGUAUUCUCUGGGUAUCUCCUAGAAGACACAUAUACCCUAGAACAUUAUCAAAUUAAGGAAGGAUCAGUCAUCUUUCUGACCCUCCGUUUGAGAGGAGGAAGGUGAGAGCCAUUAGGCUUUUCACAAAUGUUAGAGUAAUGUCUUAUGAACUGCUCAAAUAAAACUCUCACUUCUUCCAGAAAUAAAAUAAGAGUAAUGUAAAUGAAUUGCUGAAACAUUAUUGCCUGUAUAAAUAUACUUCUUCCCAAUAAGCAUUUAUUGCCUGUGUCAUAACAUGAUUUGUGUUAAAUGUAUAAUAAAUGUGUGUAGAUCAUUUGAUAUGAAAGGCAUCUUAAAUCAGUCAUACCACAGUGCUGUCUUCGCAUCACCUGGCUGUCUCAUUCAGCUAUCUGCUUGGUGACCCUCUGUCAGGAUCAUACCUCUUAACUGCUUACAGCAAGAAAUUUGGACAAAGCCAUAAAUAAUGCAGGGGCAAAAGCCCCAAAGUAGACAGAAUUUUUAAAUAUUUCCUUUACAAACUUAGAAAGUUGAUAGAAUAACAGGUUUGCAUUAGCAUGCAUUUUCUGAAGGGUAUGAAGUCUGAAACUUAAAACUCGUCAUUAUUUUCUGACUCCUACCUGUAUUUUACUAGUCAACACCCCUUUAAACAAAAAAGGAGUAUCCUUAGGGGUCAGUUUAUACGUACUGGUAGGAUGACAUCCAAAGAUUCAGACUAUUAGAAGGAAAGUUUGAAUCUGAAAAAUAUGUUUUUUGGGAAGGAAGUACCCCUUAGAUUUAAUUGAAGAGGUCAUGGUAGAAGUAUUACAAGAGAGAACAGGGAGAUUUUGCCCUAUUUUGGGCCAUAGUGAAAACACUACAAGUUCAAGUGGUAGAGAUAAAGGGAAUAGAAUAGAACAGGAGGGGAUUCAGCACCUACAGGGGCAUUUGUUGUGAAAUAUGACACUGAUACACAUAGAAUUAGGGGUAUUAUCAAGCAGCACUAGGAGAAGUUUAAAGGGUACUCAGACUUGGAUAUUUUGUUCAGAAACCCAUUACAGUUUACAUACAGAAGAGGAAAGAACAUCAAGGAACUUUUAGAGAAUGGCAACCAAGAACCACACAAUCAUAGGAGGCCGGGUACAUACAAAUGCGGCACCUAUGCACAAUGCCCCUAUAUUUUGAAUCAGGGGAGUGUGCAUGUUGAGGUGAGAGACAGGACCAUUAGAGCUAAUUUAUUUACUAAUUAUAACAGUGAAGGUGUGGUGCAUCUUGCCACGUGUAAAGGCUGUGGGGCAUUUUACGUGGGCAAGACUACACGCAAACUUAAGAGAAGAAUUUAUAAACAUCUGAAUGCCAUUAAAAACGAGGAUAGUAACAAUGUCCUAUACAAACAUGCAUUGACAUGUGUCGAUGCAGGAUGGAAUUUUUUUGUUCUGGAAAAGGUGGAACAGGAUCCCCGGGGUGGCCCCUGGGAGACGAGAAUCGAAGUUAGGGAACUUUAUUGGCAGCUGGUACUGGAGGCCCGUCAAUUUCCUGGUCUUAAUGAACAUAUAUCUAUUGUUCCUAUUUUGAAGAUGAGGGCUGCUAAGUUGUAGGUGUAAUACAUGGAUUUGGUCAGUAGAUGGCAGCUUUGAUUAGUAAUAAAGUGGAUUAGCUUAGUUUAUUCUUACGUUACAGGUUGUUUUAAAAACCUUGUACACUGUGAUGUUCAUUUUAACAUUCAGGUUUUAUUUCAUGGUUUUAAACUUCGUUUUCAAUAACAAUAUAUAUAUUUUUAAUACAUUUUUUAAUUAAAAGAUUACAUGUAUAAAACAAGUAGGAUUUUACAUAUAAACCAAGUAGAAUUUUAGCAAGUGUUUUGUGGUUGCUAAUGAGUUUGCAUUCGGUUAAUUGUUUAAUUAAAGGAAGGGGGAAGGGUUUAUAUAUAAAAAGAAAGGAGGACUGUUUUAUUCUUUAUUCUAUCUGAUGAAGUCCAUGGGAGACGAAAACGCUUAUUUUUCAAACAUUUGGCGUUUAUGUGUAUGUGAAUAAACGGCUGUUCAUUCCAA